GGGAGAUCAACAAACAACCUCCAACCAGACAACAUGUGUAUAGACGUAAUCAUGAUAUAACGUUGUCCACGACUUACUCAACCUCUCACCCCCGGUAGAAAUAGACUUGCCCGGUCUGCCGACGAGGUCACUUAACUGUAGAACGCAUUAUAGGGCAGUACGCAUCGGUUGACCGCAGUAUUGAGGCCGUUACACGACAGACUACCCAACACUUCGCGCCAGGGUUUUUUUAAUGUACAUAUUUAUUACAUAUAAACCGAAUGGUUCAAGAUUGUUGGACUUAGGCGUAAAGCUUCAUAACGUGUGAACUACAACAGGAAGGGGGCACGGACAAACGCUCUAUUUACCAGUUUUGUUAACUUUUUUUUGAAAUAUAAAGGAUAAUAUUACUUAUUAGUUCAUACUUCCUGACUGUUUUUGUUUUGUAAUGUUUGAUUUUUGAUUCAAGUGUUUGUUAUGUUAUAUAUUAUUACGAAGAGUGUGGUCAAUGGAUUUACAGAGUGUGCGUUACAGAUCGUAAUCGCCUGACUGUGUUCUAUUUAUAACGCGCGGCGCACGGACACUGGUCAAUCACGGCUAAUAGGCAGGAGCGGGGCCGGUCAGUGGGUUGACCUUAGAUGACCGUUAACUGCUCAUAUCAUAUGUGAUAACUAAAUUAACAGACAGAAAAAAGUGAGACAGGAAAAAACGAAGAAGCAGGUGUAGACUUUAUUACUUUCCCAUGAUUCAAGAGAGGUCCGCCAUAUUUGUUGCUCUUUGUCCAGAUGUAAGACGGACACAAGUAUUGAGAUAUUAAUGUUCAGGCCGGAACGAUGUCACGGCGCAAGCAGGGCAGACCACAGCAACGGAAAACAAUAGAUUCUUUGGAAGAGGACAAAGAUUUAUUGGUCUGUGGAGACUGCCAAACUACAUUUCCCCUGCAUGACAUCCUAAAAUUUAUACGGCACAAAGUCCAUAGAUGCAACAAAGAAAACAUCGAUGCAUUGGACGACGCUGAAUUCGACGAUGAAGGGGCAGAACCGGAGAUGUUGUUGGCCCGAAUUGCUUCGAAACAGCAGAGCAUUUCGGCCCCGAUUAAUCGGAAAGAAGCCCUGGACACACCCUCUCCACUGCCGUCCAAACCAACUACAAAAGAGAUUAACGCGUUGGAAGAAGAAAAUAUAGAAGAUGACGAAAAAACAGAAGAGAAUUUCAAGGAACGAAUUCCGCUGAAACCUAAACAGGUGGACGCUGAAACAAACACAUCGUUAACAGAGCCUUCCAAGGUAGUAUGCGAUACUUGUAAAGCACCAUUUCAUUCUGCCUGGAGUCUGGUACAACAUGCUCAAAAAGAACACGGUAUGAAGAUCUACACAACCCCUUCUCCAGAGAUCUCCACACCAUCACCACGACUCAACCUGGAACACAGAACUCCCCCUUCGUCUGGACCCGAAUCCCCGUUCCCUCAUCCCCCACACAUGUUCCCUCCAUUCCGAAUGCCAAUGGAGAGGCCAAAUCCACACGGAGCUCUGAGUCCUUUUAACCGUCCACCCGGUUUAGAUUUCCUGGAUGUGAAUCCGGACCCGUUUCAGCUUCGACACAGAAUGAUGAUGCAUCAUAACCCUUUUGCGACCACAAGCCCCUUCGAUCGCAGUAGGGCAAUAUCACUUGAAGAUUUUUAUUCUAAAAGACUACAACAAUUAGCAUCAACUACAGGAUCUCCUCCACGCCCGAAUCAAACACCACCCCGACCUCCCUACUCCCCAUCGGCAGCUCCUAGGGAUCCAAGAGAUUUUAGGGACACAUGCAGGGAACCACGAGAAAACAUCCCUCCUCCUCCCCCUCCUCCUCAUCAUCACCACCACCAACCCCCUGUCUCUAGCUCCCAAGAAAUUGCCUCCGAAUCAGGAUCAAAUUUGUCUCCGAGACUAAAAUCUUGUGAAUUUUGCGGCAAGUCUUUUCGGUUCCCUAGCAACCUCAUCGUACAUCGACGAUCCCACACAGGGGAAAAGCCUUUUAAGUGCCCGCUCUGUCCUCACGCCUGCACGCAACAGAGUAAACUGAAGAGGCACAUGAAGACCCACCUCAACAAUAAAUCACCCAUGUCCGCAACAUCGCACGGCUCAAACCCUUCGACUUGUUCCGAUGGUAGCGUAGCGUCCACGAGCAGCACCCCAGACAACAACCGAAUCAUCUUGAAUAAGCUGGGAGAAGCCGGCUACGAAUUCGAUGAUGAGGAUGAAGAAGAUGAAGAUGAACUUGAUGAAGAAGAGGAGGAAAUGGAGGAGGAGAUGGAUGAAAAUGAAAUGGAAGAAGAGAUAAGCUUAGACUUAAAAUAUAAUAUGAAAAAUGGGGAAGCUCACGAUACAGAGAUUAAAAAGUUCGAGAACAAACCAGGGGAUCAGGAAUUAAACGGAGACCAUGAAAGGGAUGUGAAAACUCCACGAUCUCGUUCCAGUACAGGAACUCCCGAGAAAACCAGUUUAUUGAGUGAGGUGAUGGUUCAUUCAGGUCUCAAUAAUAUUCAGACUUACAGCGACGCCUUUCAACAGGCGUUGAAAGAGAACCGAGACCAUCAAGAUAAAAACAAAGACUCCUCGGACAAGGAGAAGGACAAGGAGGCUGAAAAGAUGGACCGAUCUCCGACGGGAUCCGUGGAAAGUCGAAGUAAAGAGAAUAUCAAAGUAGAGGAACAUCGAUCUCCUAUCACACAACUCCCUCAUAGUAACCAUGGGAACCAUGGAAACCAUGGCAACACCUUAUAUAGUAGCCCAGAUUAUAAAUCGGUAAAGAGAGAGCCGAAUGAACCACACCAUAAUAGCAUGGACGCCACAAUAUAUUCUAGGUUCUGGUUUCCGGGCGGUCCGCUCAGAGACUUCUAUCCUAGUUUCGCUCCAUCAUUCGGAGUGAAUCACGAUUUUCGCCGUGAGCCGCACGUUAAUGGCUUUGGCUUGGCAGCACCUCAAGAUAGUGCCUUGAAAUCAGUUGGUUUGCCAAAACCUGGGCCCAGCAUACCAAACACAUCCUCCAACGGUCCGUCACCGAUAUCUAGGAAAAAUUGUCGCAACGAUACUUGUGAAUACUGUGGCAAAAUAUUUCGGAAUUGCAGCAACCUGACUGUUCAUCGCAGAAGUCACACUGGCGAAAAACCGUAUAAAUGCGAACUGUGUAAUUAUGCAUGUGCCCAGUCGAGUAAAUUAACUCGCCACAAACGCACACAUGGUCGAAUGGGAAAGGAUGUGUAUAACUGUAAAUUUUGUCAAAUGCCGUUCUCGGUGGCCAGCACGUUGGAGAAACACAUGCGGAAGUGUGUCGAUAAUCGUCAAGCUCGCUUCCUACACGAAGCAGACACGGACACAAAUAGCACGACUGCUUCUAAUCAUUAAAAUUUGCUCAGUUUUAAAACAAAAAACGUAAAACACAUUAUUCAAUAUUGUUGACUUGUGUCUAAACCAAUU